GCUUCCGCUUGGCAUGUGAUCCGACUUGUCACAUUCUACAGCGUGCUAGGACCGAGCCCAGUUCGUUCUGGAAUCUCGAGAAUGUCCUCCGCUGCUGUUCGGAAUUCCCCUCGGCGGCCAGUAUAAGAGGCCGCAACUUGAUCGCUAAAUUCACAACGCAGCAGCAGAAGCACCAGUUCUUAACUUUCCUCGAUCAGCUGAAAUCGAUAAUAUCUCGAUCCCUCUCGUGGAAGUCGUAGCGCGCACAACCUCCUUCGGUCGAACUUUCCUCGGCAAUGGACAUUUUCUUCGGACGCGAUCCUCUGACCAGCGCUCUCACGCAAUUGCUGAACAGCCCCGAGGAGUAUGAGAAAUCUCUCAAUCCGUCAACGAGAACGUACGUCCGGGACACCAAGGCCAUGUUCAACACCUGUGUGGACGUGAAGGAGACUCCAAACGCUUACGUCUUCGUAGCCGACAUGCCCGGGCUGAAGUCCGGCGACAUCAAGGUGCAAGUGGAGAAUGACAAUGUGUUGACAAUUGGUGGAGAGCGAAAGCGCGAUGAAUCGAAGGAUGAGGCCAAGUUCCUCCGGAUGGAAAGACCUGCUGGAAAGUUCUUAAGGAAGUUCACUCUCCCCAGUAAUGCGAAGCUGGAUGAGAUCCAAGCGGCUUGCACCGACGGAGUUCUUACGAUCACCGUUCCCAAGAUCCCACCACCGGAGCCUCACAAACCAAAGACCAUUGAGGUCACAGUUGGUUAAAGUGAGGACAAUCAUUCGAUAAUAAGAUGCUGAGGCUUGCUUUUGUGAAAUAAGAUGCGAUCAUGGAGUAAUGAGCUCUCGCCAGGACGGCAGGGCGAGUGGACUAACGACGCUCUUAGCUACAGAACAGAGAUCUGCCACUGGGCAUUGCGCAUCGGUCUCGUCGGUAUUGUGGACGACUUGCAAAGCAGCUGAGUGAGGAUUCAGCCGCUUUGCAGGUUAUUGCCUGUAGAUUCGAGCUCUGUCGUAGACUCUGCCUCCAGUUUGCACUUCGAGAGGGAAAAAGGUAGUAAUGUAGCAGAACGAGGAGAGAUAAAAAUCCUCCAACGAAUGCAUAUGCUUUUUCCAGAAUAUAUGCUUUAUCUUUCGUUCUCAUCUCUUGUCGUGCAUUUUGGGGAAUUGAAGCAUCGGAUAGAAUUUUGCACAUUUGAUCUCAUCACAGUGUAUAGCUCAAUCACAGGUUCAAUAAAUACUUUGG